GGUAAGCAGAGGCAGGAAUAUAAGGAGGGAAACACUGGGCUGGUUGUCUCACUGCAGCACCAUGGCAUUCCUUCAGCUCCUCUCCUGCCUGGCCUUUGUGGCUGCAGCCUCAGGCUGUGGUGUCCCAGCCAUAGAGCCAGCCCUCAGUGGUCUGGCCAGAAUUGUCAAUGGCGAAGAUGCAGUUCCCGGUUCCUGGCCUUGGCAAGUGUCUCUGCAGAGAGGAGGAUCCCACUUCUGUGGGGGCUCCCUCAUCAGUGAGAACUGGGUGGUUACAGCUGCUCACUGCGGUGUCAGGACAACUGACAAGGUGGUUGCUGGACAGUUUAACCUGAAAUCUAAUGAUGAUAAUGUCCAAGUUCUGAACAUAGCCCAGGUUUUCAAGAACAAAAAGUUUAACAUGCUCACCGUUAGCAAUGACAUCGCCCUGUUGAAGCUGGCUACCCCUGCGACCUUCCAAGAGACUGUGUCCUCCGUCUGCCUCCCCAGUGCCACUGAUGAUUUCCCUGCAGGCACCACCUGUGUUACUACUGGCUGGGGCAAGACCAAGCACACCGCUCUCAACGUCCCAGACAAGCUCCAACAGGCAGCUCUGCCCCUGAUCUCCAAUGCUGAGUGCAAGGAAUUCUGGGGGAGCAAAAUCAAAGACACUAUGAUCUGUGCCGGAGCCAGUGGUGUUUCUUCCUGCAUGGGUGACUCUGGUGGCCCCCUGGUCUGCCUGAAUAAUGGUGCCUGGACCCUGGUUGGCAUUGUCUCCUGGGGAAGUGGCACCUGUUCCACCAGCAGCCCUGCUGUGUACUCCCGGGUCACCGAACUCCUCCCCUGGAUCGAGGAAACCCUGUCCAGCAACUGAGCUGUUUAAGAAAAGAUGCCUCUCCUUGCAGCUCUUCCCUUCCCCUACCUCCAAUAAAUGCAUCUAUGCAAGAUCA